GUGACCCACCUGGCCAGGUAAAGUACUGGCAGCUCAUCCGGCUCUCCCUCUGCUGGCAUGUGACGCUGUUGUCCAUUCACACAGAUCUGAGAAAACCCGGCAAAGUUCCUUUCAGUUCAGGAAACAACUAUAAUUCUUCACCAAUUAAGCCGAAUUUUAAAGCUCCUCGGGCAUGGAUAAAUUAAAGUCGGUUCUGAGCGGUGAGGAGGCGCGCAGAGAUGACCGGAACGUUUUACAGCAAAUGAACCAAGCUUCGACUUUAGGCUGGGGCACACGUAUAAAGGGAUUCAUCGCCUGCUUCGUGGUGGGAGCCGCAUGCACAGUUCUGGGAGUGUGUGCGCUCUUCCUCCCCAAGAUUGGGAUCACUCUCUUUAUUGUCUUUUACACAUUUGGCAACAUAUGUGCUCUGUGCAGCACAAUGUUUCUGAUGGGCCCAAUGAAGCAGCUGAAAAGGAUGUGUGACAAAACAAGAGCGCUGGCUACUACCAUUAUGUACAGCUUGUCAUACAUCCCAUGUGUGAGAGAAGCAAUCAUGAGGAUGCUGGCCGUGUGCAUCAAAUAGGUCAUGUGUGUUUGCGGUGAAGGUUCAGCUUGGAUGAAGUGUUGAAGAAUUGGGCAGGUCUCUUACUGAAGUUGCUAAAAUUGGCUCCUUUAGAGAGUCUCUGACCCUUCCUGCUGCUCAGGCAUUUGUUUAUAGGUGAAAAAGAAGCAAAUUUUCUAUUUAUCUUUCUCAGUUGUGCUACAUUGAUUGAUCUGAUCUGAUUAAUUUUUGGUGACCACUCAAAUUUAACCAGUUUAUAAUGAUUGUAGACUUUGUUUGUAAUAU